CCACCACCAUCGUCAGCUGCGCAGACUCCAUUUCUGCGCGUGAUAACUCCUUCACUUGAACUUUUCCGACUAUCGUCACCUUCCGCCGAGUCCUUACUGCCGCGCGCACGCCGACUCGAGGCCGCCGCAGCCUUUCUCACAAUCACCACCUUUCCGCUAACACAACACCCCCUUCACCAUGUCUGCCGAGGAAGAUCUGAUCGACUACUCCGACGAGGAGCUCCAGCCGACCGAUGGCGCCGCUGGUGCUACCGGUGCCGCAGCCGCCAACGGCGACGCGAAGAAAGGUGACCUCACAGUUUCUGGAGGCGCAGACAAAACCAAGGGCAGCUACGUCGGAAUCCACAGUACAUCUUUCCGUGACUUCCUCCUGAAGCCGGAACUUCUCAAGGCUAUUACGGACUGCGGCUUCGAGCAUCCAUCAGAGGUCCAGCAAGUCUGCAUCCCACAGGCCAUUCUCGGAACCGAUGUUCUCUGUCAGGCAAAGUCCGGUCUCGGAAAAACGGCCGUUUUCGUGCUGUCCACACUUCAACAAAUCGAGCCAGUCGCCGGCGAAGUCAGCGUGCUGGUCAUGUGCCACACUCGUGAACUGGCCUUCCAGAUCAAGAACGAAUACCAGCGUUUCAGCAAGUAUAUGCCUGAGGUGAGGACCGAGGUCUUCUACGGUGGUGUUCCGAUUACGGAAAACGAGAAGAUCUUGCGCGACAAGACUACCCACCCGCACAUCGUCGUCGCCACGCCAGGUCGUCUGAAUGCUCUGGUCCGCGAGAAGAAGCUGCGACUUGGCAGUGUCUCGCGUUUCGUCCUUGACGAAUGUGACAAGAUGCUUGAUCAGAUUGACAUGCGCCGUGAUGUGCAGGAAAUCUUCCGCGCGACGCCCACCCAGAAGCAGGUGAUGAUGUUUUCAGCCACCCUGUCUGCUCAGACCAAGCCAAUCUGCAAGAAAUUCAUGCAGAAUCCUCUCGAGAUCUAUGUCGACGACGAAGCCAAGCUCACACUCCAUGGUCUUCAGCAGUACUAUGUGAAGCUCACCGAGGAGGAGAAGAACAGACGCCUGAAUGACCUUCUGGACACACUUUCGUACAACCAGGUCAUCAUCUUUGUCAAGAACACCAUCCGUGCCACCGAGUUGAAUCGACUGCUCGUUGAGUGCAACUUCCCCUCAAUCACUGUUCACUCCAACUUGCCCCAAGACGACCGAAUCAAGCGCUAUCAAGCCUUCAAGAAUUACGACAAGCGCAUCUGUGUCAGCACAGACGUCUUUGGUCGCGAAUCCAUUGCUCAGGCUGCGGACACAUAUCUUCAUCGCGUCGGUCGUGCCGGACGUUUCGGUACCAAGGGUAUUGCUAUCAGCUUCGUGAGCUCCGACCGCGACGCGGAUGUGCUCAAAGCGAUUGAGGCGCGAUUCGAGAAGAAGGUAGACGAGUACCCUGAAGGAGGCGUUCAGCUGCAGGACGGGGAGUAA